AUGAGCCAGAACCGGCCAUCGGCCUUCUCCUCGCUAAGAAUGGGUGAAGUCAUCCGCGAAAAGGUCCAGGACGGCGUGACCGGCGACUACAAGGACCUCGCCUACACGCAAUGCAAGAUUGUGGGCAACGGCUCCUUUGGCGUCGUCUUCCAGACAAAACUGUCGCCCAGUGGUGAAGAUGCGGCCAUCAAGCGGGUUCUGCAGGACAAGCGCUUCAAGAACCGCGAACUCCAGAUCAUGCGCAUCGUCCGCCAUCCCAACAUCGUCGAGCUCAAGGCCUUCUUCUACAACAAUGGCGAGCGGCCACAGAAGGACGAGGUUUACCUGAAUCUUGUGCUCGAGUUCGUCCCAGAGACCGUCUAUCGCGCCUCGCGCUACUUCAACAAGAUGAAGACUGUCAUGCCCAUUCUCGAGGUCAAGCUGUACAUCUACCAGCUCUUCCGCUCGCUCGCCUACAUCCACUCGCAAGGCAUCUGCCACAGAGACAUCAAGCCACAGAACCUCCUCCUAGACCCAUCAACGGGCGUGCUAAAAUUGUGUGACUUUGGAAGCGCAAAGAUACUGGUGGAGAAUGAGCCAAACGUAUCAUACAUUUGCUCCAGGUACUACCGAGCACCUGAGCUGAUUUUUGGUGCUACCAACUACACCACCAAGAUCGAUGUCUGGUCGACAGGUUGCGUCAUGGCGGAGCUCAUGCUCGGACAGCCGCUCUUCCCCGGUGAGUCGGGCAUCGACCAGCUCGUCGAGAUUAUCAAAGUCCUCGGAACGCCCACCCGGGACCAGAUUCGCACCAUGAAUCCCAACUAUAUGGAGCACAAGUUCCCUCAAAUCAAGCCUCACCCGUUCAGUAAGGUGUUCCGGAAGGCUGAUCCCCAAGCGAUCGACUUGAUCUCCAAGCUGCUCGAAUACACGCCAACUCAACGACUGUCGGCUAUCGAUGCAAUGGUGCACCCCUUCUUCGACGAGUUGAGAGAUCCCACUACACGUCUGCCAGACUCACGUCAUCCCAAUGGGGCUACGCGAGAUAUGCCAGAGCUUUACAGUUUCACUCAUCACGUAGAACUUUCUAUUGCACCUCACCUUAACCAACAGCUAGUCCCAGCGCAUAUCCGCCCUACUUUGGCUGCCCGUGGCCUGGAUUUCGAGUCACCAAACUUCAAGCCUUUAACCCGGGACCAGAUGCUGGCAAGGCUUGAUUAA